GAAUGAAGAAGCAUCAGGAUGUGCUGACAGGAUAUGUAACUGCAUCUGUGCAGAUCUCACCUGCCCCUUUGUUGCCAUAGCCUGAAUUUAGAUUGCAUGCUGAAGUCACACAAGUAUUUUAAUUUGCUCCCGACUAUAAACUUGCCUGAAGUUGUCAGGAACAUGCCAAGUUGGUCCUUUUUAAACAUGGACAGAAGUUGAACAUCCUUGUAACUAGCUGGGCAGACAACUCUGGGACACAUGUAUCAGAGCAGAUGGACCUGAGGAUGCAUUGCAGCAGCUCCAUCCCAGACUAUUCAGAGGAUACGUUUACAUCUUUCAGUGAAGGAGAGGAGGAAACCUACAGACAAUAUGAAAAUGACUCAUUUGAAUCUUAUUACUCUGGAGAGGAGUCAGAAUGCCGUGCUGUGUUGGAUCUGUCUGGAAGCAUAUGGCAAUCAUCAAGUCAAAAUGAUGAAGAUCAAAAACCAGAAGUUUUGGAAUCUGCAGCUGUAAGAGAAUAUUUAACUAGAAAAUGGAUCAGUCUCCUGAAAGAAAACAAAGCUAGCACUCGGCUAGCUAAACCUGCCAUUGAACCAAUUAACACUGGUGCAAUAUUGACAGAAAUUAUUGACGUAUCUGAGGAAGAACUGAGUGCUCUACAAUCCUUUUGUGCCAUCAAAAUAAAGCAGCUCCAUCAUGUGCCAAGCCCAGUGCCAUUGAAGAGGAGCAAGCAUAAUAAACAGAGGCAUGGAUUCAUUUCAGAGAAGCCAUUGACAUUUGAUUUGAAUUGCACAGUCCCUGAUCAACUACUGAACAGACUCCGUCUGAAAAAUAUCAAGGAGACACUGAAACAGGUAGCAGACACUGAAAUGCAUCAACCUUCACAAUGUUCCCAUUGCACCAAGAAAAGGGCAGAGCUGGCUGAUGGUGCUUUUCUCCGACGAUGGAAGGCUUUGAUGGAAGAGGUUUUACUUAAAGAGAAGUUGGAAGAGUACAUGUAUACCAAAGAUUCUCUCACCCUCAUUGGAGAAAUACACAGAUGUCUUCCAAAGUUGUCUGAGGAUCCCAGGAACAUAUGGCAGGAACUGAAUGAGAGAGGUCUGAAAGUGUAACACCUAGCUGGGUUAGAACAUUGAUCAAAUCAGGUAUAUAGGCACAAUCCGCACAAACUGAGCUAUGCAGGAUAUAUUG